AUGUUUGGUGGCUUCCAUAUAUUGAUUGACAGAGAAUCCUAUUACGGCUUCAACAACUUAACAAACAAAACUGAGGAGGUUGGUAGAAAUCUUUCUGUCUCCAAAACAGACAAAGACUGUUUACAAGUUUCCUUUCCGUCAACAUCGUCAGUGCAGUUCUGUGAGAAGAAGGAAAUGAUGUCCUUUGUUGUAACUCUCGGAGAUAACUUUAAAAACGCCACUAAAGGAUUGCUGGGAACAUGGAACGAUGACACUGAAGAUGACUUUACACUGCCUGAUGGAACAGUUUUGUCAUCGUCGUUAUCACUGAGGGAGAUUCACUUUGGUUUUGGUGUGAAAUGGCAAAUCAACCAGUCCCAGUCUCUUUUCACUUAUGCUGAUAAUGAAAGCGUGGCCAGCUUUUCGGACCUUGAUUUCGAGCCUAUGUUUGCUGAUAACAUCACUUGGCAAAAUGACAGCAUAAAAAUAAAAGCUAAAGCACAAUGUGGAGAUGAUCACGAGUGUCUGUUUGAUGUAGCUUCCACCAACGACUUGUCUGUGGGUCUGGUAACCAAAGAUAUAAGUGUCCAGCUGGUGAAUGAAUCGAAACAACUUAACAACUUUCCACCCAAGAUAGUAAACACUUCCGAUGAAAUAAACGCCACACUUCACAAAAUAAUUGAACUGAACAUAACAGCUGAGGACGACAGCGCCAUCACCUUUCGCGUGAUUAACAAACCUGUGGGAGCCACUUGGAACCAAACUGGAAACGUUCUGUUGUUUUAUUGGAAAGUUACGUCAUCACAGAAGUUUAAUCUGACUUUCGUUGCUACGGACGACCAAGGUGCCAGCGCCAUUUGGAGUCCAACCAUCAGAAUGUGCGCGUGCCAACAUGAUGGUCAAUGUGUAGAACCAGAAGAAGGUGACGCAGAAAACACUGACAGCAAGUUUGUAUACCUGGGCUGUGUGUGCCAGGGAGGGUACACAGGAAGGUUCUGUGACAGCGACAUUGAUGCCUGCGAAUUGAAUGGUGAGCCUUGUUACGCGGGAGUUGAGUGCACUGAUCUUCCUGCACCAGCAAAUUCCAGUGGAUAUAAAUGUGGACCAUGUCCAUCAGGGUACACAGGAGAUGGAGCGCAGUGUGCAGAUAUUGACGAAUGCAAAAGUGACUCGCCAAAACAAUGUGAGCAUAAAUGCAUCAAUACCCCAGCUUCUUUCUUUUGUGAUUGCAACGAUGGAUUCAAGCUAAAAAGUGACAGGCGCAACUGUGAAGAAAUGUGAAAAUAGUGUUGGUAGUUAUAACUGUUCAUGCAAUACACAUUUUAAAACUGACCCUACUGAUUGGAGGAAGUGUGUGGCCAAAAACCCAUGUACUUCUGAUUCUGACCCUGGUUGCAAUCAUGUUUGCUACGAAGAUAGCAACAAGCAAGCAGCUUGUACUUGUAGAGCUAAUUUCGAGCUGCAAAGUGAUGGAAAGACAUGUAAAGAUAUCAACGAGUGUUUGGAUGAUGACACGUACGAAUGUCCGGAUAAAAACCAGAGGUGCGUCAACACUCGUGGCUCUUACAGAUGUGAAUGUGUUCAAGACACGUAUUACUUUGAUGGAAAAUGCCAAGGUUUGAAGAAAAACCAGCCACGUCCUAAGCUACUACUUCCUGAACCCCGUAACGCAUCAGAAUCCGAAAAGGAAGAAGCUGUUCAGUUCUCAAUUCCAAGUGGGUUUCUUGUAGGAGUUGACAAGGACCAUGCAGACUACGACAGCAAGACAGAAAUUUUCAAGUUUCAAACAGCAAACAGGCCGUUACUCGAACAAAACUCUCAUAAAUGA